AUGCUCAGUGAGACCCCAACAUGGUGCACAGGCGCCGCAGGCUGGUGUUGUGUUGUUAUUGUGCAUCGCAUGCUGUAUGGCUCGCCACCCAACCCCUGUGUGCGGGUCGCCGUGGACAACUCCAUACAGGAGAGUCUUCUCAUCACCCGCUGCCACAGCGUAUGUCGCCACCGUGGCAACCACACAGCUCACCUGCUGUACCCGCCUCUCUAUGACACGGCCUAUUCAGGUGUGAAGCUAGCUGACAGCGAGAGUCGGGGAGAGGACAGGAAGCUGUUUGUGGGCAUGUUGAAUAAGCAGCAGACAGAAGAGGACGUGUACCGUCUGUUUGAGCCCUACGGAGUGAUUGAAGAGUGCACCGUAUUACGAGGCCCUGAUGGAAACAGUAAAGGUUGUGCCUUUGUAAAGUUUUCGACACACACCGAGGCUCAGUCUGCCAUCAGCGGGCUGCAGAGUCAGACCAUGCCUGGGGCUUCGUCGAGUUUGGUGGUAAAGUUCGCUGACACUGAUAAAGAGAGGACCAUCCGCCGCAUGCAACAGAUGGUCGGCCAGUUUGGCAUCUUCAACCCCACCGUGGCCCUGCCGUUCAGCACCUACAGCAGCACCUACAGUACUUACAUCGCGCGAAUGAAAAAUAAAAAGCUGAUGCAGCAGCAGGCAGCGAUCAUGGCGGCUUCUCACGGGGGUUAUUUAGCUCCCAGCGUGGCGUUUCCAGCGACACAGAUCCACCAGGUGGGGGCGCUCAACAUGAACGGCCUGCCGCCCACCCCGAUGACCCCCGUGUCAGGCUUGAGCUCUCCGCCGGCUAAUCUGGCCUCCUCCGCCGUGCCGAGCAUCGUGACUCCCAUUGUCAACGGAUUCAGCGGAAUUCCUCACCAAGCCAACGGUCAUCCGGUAGAGGCGGUGUACACCAACGGCCUGCCGCCGUACUCCACCCAGAGCCCCACCGCAGCCGACACGCUCCAGCAGGCCUUCACGGGCGUCCAGCAAUACACAGCCAUAUAUCCUGCCACAACACUGACCCCUAUAGGUCAGACACUGCCACAGCCUGCUCAAAUCAUCCAGCAACAGCAGCAGCAGCAGCGGGAAGGUCCCGAGGGCUGCAACUUGUUCAUCUAUCACCUGCCGCAGGAGUUUGGUGAUAACGAGCUAAUGCAGAUGUUUCUUCCGUUUGGAUCUGUCAUCUCGUCAAAGGUGUUCAUGGACCGAGCCACCAAUCAGAGCAAAUGUUUCGGCUUUGUGAGCUUCGAUAACCCCGCCAGCGCUCAGGCUGCCAUCCAGGCCAUGAACGGCUUCCAGAUCGGCAUGAAACGCUUGAAAGUGCAGCUGAAACGGCCGAAGGAUGCCAGCCGUCCGUACUGACCACAGCCAGGGAUGCAUACGUGCACUCUCAGCCAUUAGGAGAGGUUUUGAACAGUUGUAGUCUUGACGUUUUGACGGAUGGAAACUUUUCUUGAAAAACUAACACACGGGACAAAAAAAAAAGACUAAACAAAAAAAAAAAAGACACACACGCACGCACGCACACACACACACACACACA